AUGAAGUAUAUCCUGAAUACGUCAAUGAAAUGGAUCUCACUUUUUGGUACCUUUGAGACCACGGGAUUUAUAUUGGGAACUUUCAUCGCCCUAUUAUUCAAAUACCUGAACAGACAGAUAACGUUUGCCAUAUUUUUUACAUUCCUCACCAUCGCAUCGGCUGUCAUACCCCUAUCCCCAUACAUAUGGGUGCUAUACCUAUGUGCGUUUACCAUCGGCCUGGGAGCUGCUGUUUACGGUAGUGCCACCACAGUGUGGACAGUGGAGUUGGGAAGAGGUAGUAAGGUUCCUAUAGUGCAGGUGUUUGAGUUAUCCUUUGGUAUCGGCGCUAUUCUGUCGACAAUGGCUUUAAAGCCAUACCUAAUCGGCGAACCCUCGCAGACAAAGAGUCUGAAAGUAUAUUCAGACAAUGAGUUAGUGCUUGAUGUGAACGAUGUGACCGAAAGAAGGUCCCGGCUUAUGUACCCCACUAUGCUUAUUGGAGCAUGCAUCAUUACUAUUCCGAUCGCAUUGUUUAUCAUGUAUUUCCUUAAGCCAUACAAAGAGCCUAAAGUUAAAGGGGAGGACAACACAGAUACUGAAGUCGAGACACAAGACACUCAUUAUGACAACAAUAAUAAUAAUAAUGACGUGAUUUCAAAGAAGUUGUUUAACAGGAAAGAGACUCCGAGAAAGACAAUGAGAUUACUGUUUGCCUUAGAGUUUGCAUUUUAUUUAGUGUUUGAGACGACUUUUAAUAAGUUUUCGGUCACUUAUUUCCAGUACUCACCGCUCAAACUGACCGCUGAAAAGGCCACUGAGCUAUACACCGUAGCCAUGAGUGUCUAUACUGCGGGACUG